GUGUGUCUGGUAAAUGUCACCUCUGCAACAUCGCUUCCCAACAAAGUAGAUCCAUUGUUUGCUUAUUUUUCAUCUCAUUUUUAUGCAUUUUUUUUUUUUGGUUUUGAGCUCAUACAAAUCUCAGAGUGCACGGAACAGAAAUCUUCUGUCUUUUUUGGUCUUUCUGUGUCUUUCUCUGUUAUGCAGCGAAGGAAAGACCCAUAAGGGCUCUUGAUUCUCAGUGACGGAGGUAAAUCUUUCCAUGGAUUUGCAGAGGCUUUGCUGCGUUAUCCUUGCAUUUGCUGUGGUUCUGUUCGUCUGUUUCUCUUCUUCCGUGACAGCUGGGGACAUCGUGCACGAUGACGACGCCGCCCCCAAGAAGCCUGGGUGUGAGAACGAUUUUGUUUUGGUAAAAGUUCAAACUUGGGUUGAUGGUGUAGAAGAUGCUGAAUUUGUUGGUGUUGGGGCUAGAUUUGGUCCUAAAAUUGUGUCAAAGGAGAAAAAUGCAAAUCAAUCUCACCUUACUCUUUCAGAUCCCCCUGAUUGUUGCACUGCACCGAGGAAACAGCUUGCUAGAGAUGUCAUUAUGGUGCACCGAGGCAACUGUAGAUUCACAACUAAGGCAAAUGUUGCAGAAGCUGCUGGUGCUUCAGCUGUCCUCAUUAUAAACAACCAGAAAGAACUUUACAAGAUGGUUUGUGAGCCUGAUGAAACUGAUCUUGAUAUAAAAAUACCUGCUGUCAUGCUUCCACAAGAAGCUGGUGCAAGCUUGGAAAAAAUGUUGAGGAGUAGCUCAUCAGUGUCUGUGCGGCUAUACUCUCCACGAAGACCAUUAGUUGACAUAGCCGAAGUUUUCCUAUGGCUGAUGGCAGUUGGUACUAUCUUGUGUGCAUCUUAUUGGUCUGCAUGGAGUGCCAGAGAGGCAGCUAUUGAACAGGACAAGCUACUAAAGGAUGCUUCAGAUGAGCUUACAAAUUCCAAAGAUGGUGGUGCUAGUGGUGUGGUAGACAUCAACACAACAUCAGCUGUCUUGUUUGUUGUUAUUGCUUCAUGCUUUUUGGUUAUGCUUUACAAACUUAUGUCCUACUGGUUCGUUGAGCUUUUGGUGGUUCUAUUUUGCAUAGGUGGUGUCGAGGGCUUGCAAACUUGUCUGGUUGCUUUGUUGUCGAGGUGGUUCAAACAUGCUGGAGAAGCAUUCAUUAAAGUACCUUUCUUUGGAGCUGUCUCAUACCUUACUUUGGCUGUUUCUCCAUUCUGCAUAACAUUUGCUGUUGUUUGGGCAGUCUAUCGCGAUGUCUCCUUUGCCUGGAUAGGUCAAGACAUACUUGGAAUUGCACUAAUUAUCACAGUUCUUCAGAUCGUACAUAUACCUAAUCUCAAGGUGGGUACAGUUCUUCUUAGUUGUGCCUUUUUGUACGACAUCUUUUGGGUGUUCGUUUCUAAAAAGCUGUUCCAUGAAAGUGUGAUGAUUGUGGUAGCUCGUGGUGAUAGAAGUGGACAGGAUGGUAUUCCUAUGCUACUGAAGAUCCCCCGCAUGUUUGAUCCAUGGGGUGGUUACAGCAUCAUUGGCUUUGGUGACAUCCUAUUACCAGGACUGCUAAUAGCAUUUUCACUUAGGUAUGAUUGGCUGGCAAAGAAGAAUAUCCAAACUGGAUACUUUUUGUGGGCAAUGUUUGCUUAUGGUUUAGGUCUUCUCAUCACAUAUGUGGCACUGAACUUGAUGGAUGGGCAUGGCCAACCGGCACUCCUCUACAUCGUGCCAUUCACACUGGGAACCUUUUUGACACUGGGGAGGAAGAGAGGCGAUCUCAAGAACCUAUGGACAAGAGGAGUGCCAGAAAGACCCUGCCCCCAUGUCCAACAUGAACACAGUCAAGAAUUCUCCCAAGAAUUUAAUGAGGAGAAGUAAUGCCCCCAUUUUCGUCCUAUAUCGAAAGUUAUCAGGUCUGGUAAAGAACCCAGCUGCUGAAAGCUAAGUAGAGGGCAUCUCUAUGUGAUUUGGGAUUUGUUUCCACUUGAAAUACCCUAGGAAUGAUCUUUAAGUAAAGAACAAUGUGUAUUAGACAGUAAUGGGCAUUCCAUGAUCUGGUUUUGGAUACCAUGGUUUUUCUUUGGGGAACUGCAACUGCCUUUUCUGGCUUCAUGAAUCAUAAUAAUGUAAGCAUGUACCACUUUUCUUGAGCUCAA